AUGGCCUCAGAACCCAACACCAACCAGCACGAGCUCAAGCCCUCGGCUUCAGUGGAACACAUCGACGAGCUCCAAAAACCCCACCAUGACCCAGCCCAACUCGAUCGGUUCGGCGCCGCCACAGUGAAAUCGCCUGAAGAAAUCGCUCUCGUCAAAAAGCUGGACUUGCGUAUGAUGCCGAUCCUCUGGCUCAUGUACUUCCUCAACUUCCUCGACCGCAACGCCAUCGUUAACGGUAAACUCAACAAUAUGCACAAGGAUCUGCACCUCGUCGGCACGCAAUACAACACAUGCGUAUCCAUCUUCUUUGUCGGAUAUCUGGUCGGUCAGGUCCCGUCUAAUAUGUUGCUCACGAGGGUGAAGCCUAGCCACUACAUGGCGGGCUGGAUGAUGGCGUGGGCCAUCGUGAGCACGCUCAUGGUGCUGGUGAAGGGGUACACGGGGAUGUUGGUGUGUCGGCUCGUGCUGGGGAUGACGGAGGCGCCGUUCUAUCCCGGCGCGCUGUACGUGAUCAGCUCGUUCUACACGCGAAAAGAGACCGCGACACGGCUGUCUGUCUUCUAUACGGGGAAUUUGCUCGCGAGUUCGUUCUCGGGGCUUAUCGCGGCGGGCAUCUUCGCGAGGCUUGAUGGAAAACAUGGACUAGAAGGUUGGCGGUGGCUUUUCCUCAUCCAGGGUGUCGUUACAGUCUUCGUUGCAGCAGCAUCAUUCUUCCUCCUUCCCAACGCCCCGCUACAAACCCGCUGGCUCACGCAGCCGGAGCGCGAACUCGCACACUCCCGCAUCGUCCUGGACACCACCGAGCUGAAAGGCAAAGUCGACGUCUGGAAAGGCCUGCGCGAAGCCUGUUCUGACCCUCGCACCUGGCUCUUCGCGCUCAUGCAGAACAUGCAUCUCUCCGCCAACGGGUUUAAGAAUUUUCUUCCAACGGUCGUGCAGACGUUGGGCUUCAACACUACCAUCACGCUGGUGCUGACGUGCCCGCCAUACCUCAUUUCGGCUUUCGUAAGCGUGGCCGUAUCAUGGUCGUCGGGGAGGUUCAACGAGCGCACGUGGCACGUGACGCUGUCCAAAGCUGUCGCUAUUGUAGGCUUCAUCGUGGGCACUGCGACGCUUAACGUUGGUGCCCGGUACUUCGCCAUGGUGCUCUUCGUUGGGGCGACCUACGGUGUGAACAACAUUGUGUUGGCGUGGACCGCGGGCGUGUUAGGCCAGACGCACGAAAAGAAGGCGGUUGCGCUGGCGAUUGUGAACACGCUGGGUAAUCUUUCCUUUGUUUAUACGCCGUAUCUUUGGCCGGAUAGUGACGCUCCUCGGUUUAGCAAGGCGAUGUACGCGAGUGUUGGGUUCUCAGGGGGUGUCGUGUUGUGUGCUUGGGUUAUGAGGCUGGUUCUACAGAGGGACAACAGGAAGAUCCGAGCAUCUGACGACGAGGCGAUCAAUUUCUAUGUGUACUAG